ACAGGCGACGCGUAGGACAUCCUGUGCACACUUCAAGGAUGUUCGCGAUCCGUCGGAGCGCUUCGAGUCACGUGAUUGGUCCAUGAAUUGUCCCUUUUCGACGAAUCACUGACGCGAAUGCACGGCGGCACUUUUAAAAAUGUUUACAAAUGCCAAGUGGAUCGGUCAUAUUAUUUUGCACACCGAUCGGGACCCCAGAAAGGAUAAUGCUCAAGAAGUUGCUUGUCGUCGGUGGCUCGGGCGCGCUCGGUCGUGGCGUCGCCGCCCGCUUUAGCGCGGCCAAUUGGUCCGUCGUCAACGUGGACUACUCGGCGAACCCCGACUCGGCCACGAACGUGACCCUCAAGACGCAGCAAAGCUCGCUCGCCCAGCUGCCGACGAUUCUCGCUGCGAUCAAGGACGAGAAGGUUGAUGCGGUCGUGUGCGCAGCUGGCGGCUGGGCUGGCGGCAGCAUUGCGAGCACCGAGACCCUCGAGAACUUGUCGACCAUGUACUCGAUGAACAUGGAGUCUGCUUUGCUCGCGGCGCAUUUGGCGGCCACAAAGAUGAACCCUGGUGGUCUUCUUGUGCUCACGGGUUCCGUCGCGGCCCUCCAAGGCACGCCCGAUAUGGUCACGUAUGGCAUGAGCAAGGCGGCAACGCACCAGUUGAUUGCGAGCUCGGCGCCCAAGCUGCCGGAGGCCGCGACCGCGCUUGGCAUCCUCCCGAUCACAAUCGACACGCCAACGAACCGCAAGUACAUGGCGGACGCGGACUUUUCGACGUGGACGCCGGUUGAGGAGAUUGGCGACAAGCUCGUCCAGUGGGCGCAAGAGCAAAGCGCGCGCCCGGCGUCCGGCGGCCUUGUCACGGUGACAACCACUGGCGGCAAGUCGGAGUGGAAGGCGAUUGGGAACCCGUUUGCGUAAGCCAUGGAAUGCUUUCACAGCACAAGUAUCGCCUGAACCAUUGUGUAACAAAUCCACGAGUUGCAUGUUACAAUGCCUA